AUGAAAGACGAAGUUCCACAACGCGCCUACACAAGAACACCUAUAAUUAGAAGCAGACAUUUGAUCGUAUUCCUCACUGUUAUAUUCAUCUUCGUUACUGUCGCGUCAUUCUCGACCUUGACGUUACUCGUCGUGCUCAGUGAGAGUUUAACAUCAGUCUCAGCAUCCGUUUACCUCAACAAUAUGGAUCAUGACAUAGAUGCCUGCUCAGAUUUCUAUUCAUUCACGUGCGGCAAAUACGCCAAGAAUCAUGCCAUACCUCAGCAUGCGACGAAAAUCAGCGUCCUCUAUGAGAUGAAACAAAAUCUCGAUAAUCAUCUUAGAAAUAUACUCGAGAAUUCUGCUCAUGAGAACAGUACGAAAUCGUUGCGUUUGGCGCAGACUUACUAUGACUCAUGCAUGAAUGACGACGCGCAAAAUGAAUUGGUAGGAAAACGAAGAUGUAAACACUCUAAACUACUUGUAGAAGAUUGGGACGUAUAUUUGUAA